AGCAUUUUUGGCCCAGGCCUCCCUCCGUCGGGCACCGCACAAACUGCCCCCCCCCCCCCCACCACACGACCUGGGCGUACUGGCGCGCCGCCGCGCCGCCCGCCUGCCAGAUGCCCGCAGUCGCACGCUUCCCCGACACCCAUUGGGGGGGAGUUCCAAAGCGGGCGUGGAACGGCGCCCAGUGCUACGGCGGCCGAGGCGGCGUCGAAAUCGCUGGCGCAGACCCGGCACCAGGGGUGAUGGAGCUGAAGGAGUGCAUGGACCUGUGCGAGGACACGCCCCUGUGCGACGCCGUCCAGGUGCAGGACUACUCCACCGAGACCGGCCCCUGCUGGCUGCGGGCGGAGGUGGACGUCCAGGACUGCUACCAGGUUGAUGGCUGGGUUACGUACACGAAGCCGUCGAGCCCUCUUGUGGCUAGCAUGUUCAGAGAGCACCGUUCGCUCUCCUACAUGAGCAUCAUUAUCGGUGUUCUGAUCAUUAUCUGUCUGUGCCUGGCCGCGUGGUACGUGUACAAGAAGGUGAAGGCUAAGCAGAACGACAACUACGCUUUGACUGUGAACGCGGCGCAUCGGCACUUUUGAAGACGGCGCACAUGAAUGGCUUGAGCGGCAAUCAGGCUCCGGCCGUGGCCGCACGCAGGCAGCCUCCUGGCCGCGCGCGAGCAGCCUCAGCAGCCCCGGCGCCCGUUCCCCCCGCGCUGGCUAAAGCGCACUGCCGCGGGAUGGGGCUGGCUCGCCGGGGCGCUCGCGGUGCGGUGGAGGGGAGAGGCGGGAAAUGCACGGGGAAUGGGCGCCCGAGCGAUGGCAAGAGCACGCCAUUGUGGCGCGGCCUGUAGCUGGCACCUGCUUGGGACG